UAACCCAAAACAAGAACAUUAGAUUAUCAGAGAAAAAAGAACAACCCUAAACAGUAACCAAUUUAUACAUCUCCUGGAAUUCAAAACCAAAACCAUCAAAUCGAUCGAUGGACAUGGAGUCAAAGAAACCAUAUAUGAUGGUUACUAUAAUACAAGUCAUAUAUACAAUCAUGUUCUUGAUCUCCAAAGCCGUCUUCAAUGGUGGAAUGAACACUUUCGUCUUCGUUUUCUAUCGUCAAGCUUUCGCUACCAUCUUCUUGGCUCCUCUGGCUUUCUUCUUUGAGCGGAAAAGUGCUCCACCUCUUUCAUUUGUGACCUUCAUCAAGAUCUUCAUGCUCUCUUUAUUUGGUGUGACAUUGAGCUUGGACUUAAACGGUAUCGCAUUAUCAUACACGUCGGCGACUUUAGCCGCGGCCACAACAGCUUCCCUUCCGGCCAUCACAUUCUUCUUGGCUCUCUUAUUUGGAAUGGAGAGGCUUAAGGUUAAGAGCAUACAAGGAACAGCAAAGCUUGUGGGGAUUACUGUGUGCAUGGGAGGGGUAAUAACCUUAGCUCUUUACAAAGGUCCACUACUGAAAUUACCUUUAUGUCCUCAUUUCUAUCAUGGCCAAGAGCAUCCUCACCAUAAUAAUCCCGGCCACGUCUCCGGCGGUUCCACCUCGUGGGUCAAAGGAUGUGUCCUCAUGAUCACCUCCAACAUUUUAUGGGGUCUCUGGCUCGUUUUACAGGGUCGUGUGUUGAAGGUUUACCCUUCGAAGCUAUACUUCACAACUCUUCAUUGUCUAUUGAGUUCGAUUCAAUCCUUCGUCAUCGCGAUUGCUUUAGAGAGAGAUAUUUCAGCAUGGAAGCUUGGUUGGAACCUAAGACUCGUUGCAGUCAUUUACUGUGGAUUCAUAGUAACAGGCGUAGCAUAUUAUUUGCAAUCAUGGGUUAUAGAAAAGAGAGGACCUGUCUUUUUAUCAAUGUUCACUCCUUUGUCUCUCCUUUUCACUCUUCUCUCUUCAGCGAUUCUCUUGUGCGAGAUCAUCAGUCUUGGAAGUAUUGUAGGUGGAUUAUUGUUGAUUAUAGGACUCUAUUGUGUGUUGUGGGGGAAAAGCAAAGAGAAGAAAAACAGUGCCGAUGAUAAGACUGAUCUACAGAAGGAAAAUGAUGUCGUGUGCAAUGAAGUGAAGGUUGUCGUUAGUUGAAAUAAUCAAUAAUGUGUUAACUUUUGU